ACACACACUCUCUCUCUACAUCUAUCUCCACCUGUAUGCGUAUCUCUCAUUCAUAUCCUCCAAUCCAACACCACACCAAAAACCCUACAUUUUCUCUCUCUACAUCCUCAUUCAUACUCUCACACAUCACUCACUCUCUCUCUCUCUCUCUCUACAACUCUCUCUCGCUCCAUAUAUAUCUAUACAUCAUCAUCCACUCUCGCUCGCUGUUGAUACAACACUCUAUCUCUAUCUGCAGAUCGCUGAUAUAAUCAUCCACCCGUGCGCGCGACCCCCAAUGGCGCACGCUAGCCAACUCCCGUGCGACGGCGACGGCAUUUGCAUGGUGUGCAAGCAGAAGCCGCCGGACGCCGAGAAUCUCUCCUGCAGCACGUGUUUCACCCCCUGGCACGUGGCCUGCCUUGCCGCCAGGCCCGAAACCCUAGCCUCCACGCUUCAGUGGGAGUGCCCCGACUGCACGAUGCCCUUCGACGGCAGCGCCGCCAUAUGCGCCGGCACCGGCGCCGGAGGAGGAGACGCUGCCGCCGGCGAUCUCGUCGCGGCGGUGCGGGCGAUCGAGGCGGACGCGUCGCUUACGGAGCGGCAGAAGGCGCGGAGGCGGCAGAGGCUGCUGAGUGGCCAGGGAGGCGAGUCGUCCGACGAGGAGAGAGAGGAGAAGAGGAAGGGGAAGGAGAAGGUGGAGGAGGAGAAUGAUGUGCUCAAGGUUGUUGGAAUGGCAUUGAACUGCUCGUUUUGUAUGCAGUUGCCGGAGAGGCCUGUUACGACACCAUGUGGUCACAAUUUCUGCUUAAAAUGCUUCCAAAAGUGGAUCGGCCAAGGGAAGCAUACAUGUGCCAAGUGCCGUCGCAGUAUUCCCCCUAAAAUGGCAAAUCAGCCACGCAUCAACUCUGCACUUGUAGUUGCCAUCCGAACAGCCAAGCUGUCAAAAUCAAAUAACUCAAUUGGCUCUGAUAAAGUUCAGUACUUUAUGCAUAACCAAGACCGACCUGACAAGGCAUAUACUACAGAUCGAGCAAAGAGGAACGGAAAGGCAAAUGCGGCGAGUGGGAAAAUAUUUGUAACUGUUCCACCAGAUUAUUUUGGACCAAUCCUGGCUGAGAAUGACCCAGAGAGGGAUCGGGGUGUGUUGGUUGGAGAUUGCUGGGAAGGUCGGUUAGAGUGUAGGCAGUGGGGUGUUCACCUUCCACCUGUGGCGGGGAUUUGUGGGCAAUCAAAACAUGGUGCACAGUCUGUAGUACUUUCAGGAGGUUAUGAGGACGAUGAAGAUCAUGGAGAGUGGUUUCUCUACACUGGAAGUGGUGGAAGGGAUCUUAGUGGGAAUAGACGCACUAACAAGGAACAAUCAUUUGAUCAGAAGUUUGAGAACUAUAAUGAAGCUUUACGGGUUAGCUGCAAAAAGGGCUAUCCAGUCCGUGUUAUUAGAUCUCACAAAGACAAGCAUUCUUCGUAUGCCCCAGAAACGGGUGUGAGGUAUGAUGGGAUCUAUAGGAUAGAAAAAUGCUGGCAAAAAGUUGGCAAGCAGGGCUUCAAGGUCUGCAGAUACUUGUUUGUGAGAUGUGACAACAGUCCUGCUCCAUGGACAAGCGAUGAUCAUGGAGACAAAGUUAGAGCACUGCCAAGCAUUUCUGAACUCAAGACCAAAGCGUCUGAUGUUACUGAGAGGACAGAGAGUCCUUCGUGGGACUACGAUGAGGAAGAAGGUUGCUGGAAGUGGAAAAAGCCACCACCCCGUAGCAAGAAACGGGUAAGUGAGAAUUGUUCUCAGGACAGACAGCAAGAAGGGAAAGCCCAAGCCGUAAGGAAAGCUCAAAAUAACUCUCUGAAAGAGAUGGUUCUUAAAGGUCUCUCCUGCCUUCUCUGUGAAAAAGUGAUGACUCUGCCUCUCACAACACCCUGUGCUCACAACUUCUGCAAAGCUUGUUUGGAAGGUGCCUUUACUGGGCAAACUUUUGAGAGAGAGCGAACAAGUCUGGGUGGACGUACCCUUCGCUCCCAAAAGAAUGUCAUGAAGUGCCCUUCUUGCAAGCUUGACAUAUCUGAAUUCCUUAGAAAUCCUCAGGUGAAUCGGGAACUAAUGGUGGUUAUAGAAGGACUCCAAUAUAAGGUGGAAGAAGAAGCGGACACUGUUGAGGUGUCUGUUGAAGAGAAAGGUUCAGAUUCUUCAUCUGGGAUUGAAGAAAAUGAAUUGCCACAAUCUCAAGCUGAGGACAAAGUCAAGAGGAAGAGAAGUGAUGCUAUUCUUAUACAACAGAAAGCUGAGAAGACAUGUAAGCGAAUGAGAAUUGAUACUGGCAAUGACAUGUCAAAGAUUGAUGAUUUUGGGAAGAAGAACUUCGAAACUGAAGUAGCUGUGGACGAAGGAACUGAAUCGCCCUCAAGUCCUCUAAAUGUUCGAUCAGACGAGGAUAUCCAUUGACUCGUCUUUCAGUUGAAACAUUUACGAUUGCGUUUGGAUCUUUGAGUUGGGGAGCGAAUUGGUAAGGAAAGGGAUUUGUGAAGCUAAUUUCCCUCUCCACCGGAUAUUUCUCCACAAAUCAGAGAUCCAACCACAGCGUAACGAAUUUCGUAUCAUUGAGUUUCAUCUCUAGUACUCGUGGACUUCUUUCCCAAUUAGGGCCACCUGCAUUAUCACAGUUUAGUCUUAGUUCAUUUCUUGACAUUUAUGCAGAGAAAUUGCUACACAUGUUAGUCUGUUUUAUUGGAUGUUCUACAGAACCACAGUUUAUUUGAUCAUUCUAUGCAAUCUUUGAGAA